GGCAAAAACUACUUGGCAGUGAAGCCAGAGAGUGUCGGCGGAGAAAGAAGAAGAGACUUGAACGGCCGGAGUCGGCGCAUUUCUCGUGUCAAUCAAAAGCACGUGCACCGCUUUCGAGGUCAGUGUCGAAAAACGGUGCAUCGGACAUGGAAACUCGGAUUUUGGUUUUGGUCGCGGUGGCCGCUCUAGCUGGACAAAUCAGUGCUCUACCAAAUAAUACCACUCGUACCAAUAAAAGGCCACAGAGACAAAACAACAAUGCGAUUGAUGCAAACAAAAAGCCUCAAACCGUCACUGACCUGUUCAUCACCGGUUCAUGCGUUGACAAACCAUACACUUGUCCGCACCCACGGAUCAAAUUUUAUCUUUACACCAGGGAGACGCAAAACGAUCCUGAUCUAAUAGACGUGAACGACCCUAUGUCUUUGGUGGCCUCUCAUUUCAACGUGAAGAACCCGACCAAGGUGGUCAUCCACGGCUUCGGUGGCGGCAGGAAUUUAUCUCCCAGUCCGGACAUGAGAGAAGCUUACUUUAUUCGCGGCGAAUACAAUAUCAUCAUUGUCGACUACGGCACGCUAGUUAAGGAGCCGUGUCUGAGUCAAAUUGGCUGGGGGCCUCGUUUUUGCGCACGCUGCAUCGCCCAAUUGCUUUACUACCUGGACCAAGUCAGCGGGACCCCACCCGACUCGCUGCACCUCGUCGGCUACAGCGUCGGAGCCCACAUUGCAGGACUUGCGGCCAACUACAUUAAUUUUGGAAAAAUUGGACGAAUUACAGGGCUGGAUCCGUCCGUUGUGUUUUAUCAAGGCUCAAAUAGCUCCAGAGAUUUAGACGCGUCUGAUGCCCAUUUUGUGGAUAUAAUUCAUACAGGCGCUGGAAUUCUCGGCCAGUGGGGCCCGAAUGGCCAUGCUGAUUUCUAUGUCAACGGCGGCACCUCUCAGCCUGGUUGCGGAGGCACAAUUUUUCAAACACUCUCAUGUGAUCACACCAAAGUCACCCCCUACUUCAUAGAGUCCAUAAUUACGGAAAAGGGAUUCUACGCGUCGCGGUGCGCCAAUUUUUUUUCCUACUUAUUCGGGCUGUGCGAAUCCAAGGACAGCGACUACAUUCUAAUGGGUGAAGACUGUCCACACUCAGCGCGCGGAGAGUAUUACUUAACAACAAACGCAAAUCCGCCGUUUGCUCAAGGGUUCCCGAACACGCAAAAAAAUCGCGAGGCUGCCAUAGAGAGAAGAAAACAGGCGGCGCAAAAGGCAGCGCAGAAAGCGGCUCAGAACCGGACUAAGAGAAGAGGAAGUCAACAGCGAGAUCAAAAUUAUCGUCGUGUUGGAAAAUGACUGCUAACUACUCAUGCCAUUAUUAUUUCUAAUAAAAAAUCUAAUUUAUUAUAAAAAGAAAUAAAUUAAUUUAUAGCAUUGGAA